GAGAGGGAAUUCAAUGAAAGCUGAUGGAUGAAAGACGGUUGUUUAAUUGUAUACAGAGUAAAGCUGAUAUAAGUAUUAAACUUUGUACUCUGAAUUACAUAGAGAUUACGCAUUGUAUACAUCUCAUUGCUGACCAUGGGUGUGAUUCCAUUCCAAGAAUUAAACAUGAGAAUUAAGAAUUGGAAUCACUCUUCUCGCCUGAAUUAUAUUUCAUUUAGUUUUACGUUGAAUUUCCCGGUGAACAGAGGCUAAAGAACAACAUAAUUUUCGUGGCAAAUAUUCGUUUAUUCAUAAAAAUAAAUAUUUUCUUCAUAAAUUGGUAACUUAAUUGCGUAUAACUAAGAAUAUCAGUAGGACGAUUUGGCGAAAACCACAUUAGAAGUGUCGUACGAACCUAUCUUUAUAACAAAAUACAAUCGGUUUCCAUUUUUACUGAAUCGAAAAUGACGACACAGAAGAAUGAAGGCUUAAAUAAUAAUCAAAUCGAUCAUUUUUAUAAAAUGAAUCACAAGAAUCGAGGAUUGGCUGUAAUUUUCAACCAUGAAGAAUUUGAUGACAGUGAAUGGCCAGCACGCUAUGGCACUGAUAAAGAUCGUGAUAAUUUACGAAAAACCUUCGCCGCACUCAAUUUUGAUGUACAAGUUCAUGAAGAUCGAAAGAGAUCGCAAAUGAAGAAAAUUCUUGAAAAAUUAUCCAAAGAGGAUCAUAGCGAUAAUGAUUGUUUGGUAGUAGUUCUUUUGACGCAUGGUCAAUUGAUUCCAGCUUAUAGCAAAGCUUUGAAUGAGGAAUGCAAUACCAUAUUGUCUCACGAGCUUGUGAGCUAUAUUCGUACCAAGGAUAAAAAGUUUGCAUUGCAAAAAGUGUUGAGAUAUUUCACAAACGAAAGGUGUCCCAGUUUAGCGAAUAAGCCAAAAAUAUUUUUGAUUCAAGCUUGUCAAGGUAAAGAUAUGGACGAGGGAAUGGUAUUGAAAUGCAGCGUCGCUACAGAAACUGAAAUGGACUCCAGUCCGGUUAAAUUGAAGUCAGCCGACCGGAUUUUACCGCACAAAGACUUUUUCAUCGCCUAUGCCUCACUUCCAGGUUUUGUAUCAUUCCGAAACAAAGUAGAUGGAUCAUGGUUCAUUAAAGCAUUUUGCGAAGAAUUGAAUAAAUCUAAAUAUGAACAUGAUUUUAUGCAAAUUUUGACAAUCGCAUGCCAAAAGGUGGCCUAUGAAUUUGAAUCAAAUUCAAAGGACCCAGAAACGCAUAAAAUGAAACAAAUGCCGUGCAUUCAGUCAAUGCUAACGAAACUUGUGGUAUUUAAAGAGACAAAAGUCUCGAAGAAUUGACGAAAAAACACACAUUUGAAUAAAAAAAAACAUGUUUUUAAAAUAUUUUCACAUUCAAUUAACCUAUCUAGCUUGAUAUAAUACGUAAUUGAGCGUUUUUUGUAUUCAUUUGUUCAAAAUUCAAUAAAUUCACAAUGAAAAAAGCUUA